AUGAAAGAAAACUUAGCUCUGAAAUCAACUACAACUCACUGGGAAGUAGCAGUGCAGCAAUACUCCAAGGCCUUGAUGGCACAAGUUGGCGUCCCCCUGAACAGCGGCGAUCACAGGUCAAAUAGGACACGGCUCAUGACCAGUGUUCUGCUGGCAUGUUUUGACUCGUUUAUCGGCGAUCACAAACAGGCCAUUGUACAGAUCCGGACCGGCCUUGGUCUGCUGGAGAUACUCCGUGCCGAACGGAGAAAGGCCAUGCUGACGAGGCCCGAGGAGCCCGUCGAGGACGAGCUUUUGCAAAUGUUCACGCGGCUGGCCAUCCAGGCCAAGUCGUACGACAUGGCCUUCCACUUUCCCGAACCAUAUGUCAUUCAUUUGGUUCAAGCACCGGCCAAUCCCGCCUCGCCAGGCGAAUCUGGCGGAACCCCCGUAUCCAUUCACCAGGACCCCAUACCCGAGCGUUUCUCAUCGCUCAUAGAGGCCAGGGUCGCGUGGGACACACUAUGUGAACAGUUACUCCGCGCCACCGAGUCGAUGGCACAGUUGGCGAAUGGCCCUCCCAACCUCCUGCCUCAGACCAUGAUGAUAUACGGCAGGGCCUUUGCUGCCCGCAUCCGCAGCUGGUCUAACGCAUUCGAUCACAUCCUUGCAUCCAGGACAGCUCCUGGUAUCACCAGCCAGGAGAAGGACGGAAUUGCUGUUCUCAAGAUGUUCCAGAUCAUGGGCGAGAUACUGUUUCAGAUGACCUUUAGACAUAACGAGAUGGAUUUCGACAAUUACAAGCCGUACUUCAGGACCAUCGUCGACCUGGCAUCCGAGGUUGUCGGCGAUGAGGAAAGACGCGCUGCUGAACGUCGAUGUCCGAAUCGCAGCUUCUGUACCCACCAGCAUGUCAACGGCAACUAUGGCCAGUCGAUCGACAUGCUGGGCGGCCAAGAAUAUACGGCGCACCACAUCAAGCCUAGCUUCAGCGCUGACCUUGGCAUCGUGCCGCCAUUGUACGUCGUCGCAGCCAAGUCGCGCGACCACAUCAUCAGGCGGCAGGCCAUCCAGUUGCUGCGGAGCAGUGCAAGGAGGGAGGGUAUGUGGGACAGUCAGCUUACAGCACAGAUUGGCACGUGGAUCAUGGAGCUAGAGGAGUCGUUAGAUGAGGAGGCGAUUCAUGAAGAUGAAGUGGACAUAAAUCGCUCGCCUCACCUGCCAACCCCACGCUCGAGCCCUAGUGAGGUCCCAAUCGCGUCGUUCUCAUCGCCGAAGCAACGACCGGCCGGUCAGGGACAGCGGCGGAGCUUCGACGGUGAUGUACCAUUGGGCCCCGGUGGGAACGCGAGGUGGGACGCGCGACUUGAGAGCAACAGCAGCGCUGGAAGCGGGUUGAAUUCAGCCUCUUCGGAUAGAGUUGCCGGCAUGAUAAACAAGCGCGUCGUCCCCGAAGACAAGCGUGGCGAUGAUGACCGCGUUCCGGCAAGGCGGAUGCGGCAGAGCAAACCGAAAACAAAGACGGGGUGUAAAAAUUGCAAACUACGGAGAAUCAAAUGCGACGAAAAGCGGCCCGCUUGCACGCAAUGCACUCGGUCCAAGAAGAUAUGCACUGGCUAUCCACCACCGGCACAUAGCGCCAGACCUUUUGAAGAGGUCCUCAUCGCGCCCAAACCAAACAUUGCCUGCGCCGGCCCGAUCGCUAGCAGGAACGCUAACCCCCCAAUCAUCCGCGACUCUGUCAAGCUGCCCCCGCGCCGUCGGCAGCCGCAGCAGCGCCCCACGCCUCCACUGAGUCCCCUUUUCAGCUCGGCCGGUCCCUUUGUGGCGCUAUACCAAACCCCUGCCCCUGGCCUCACUUUUGAUCUGCAGGAAGGCCAGUACUUCCAGUUGUUCCGCUCCAACACUGCCGGCGAGCUGUCGGGCUAUUUCGACAAUAUAUUCUGGACCCAGACCGUACUCCGGGAGUGCCACGAGUCUCCCGCCGUCAAGCAUGCCGUAGUGGCCCUGGGGGCCCUGUACAAGACGUUAGAGAAGUCCACAGAGUCGCCACCUGGCUCUCCAUCUUCUGGUGGACAGGCUCCGGGCAGCCCACGCGGCCGGGAGGCUGCCCAGACUCACUGGGAAGUAGCAGUGCAGCAAUACUCCAAGGCCUUGAUGGCACAAGUUGGCGUCCCCCUGAACAGCGGCGAUCACAGGUCAAAUAGGACACGGCUCAUGACCAGUGUUCUGCUGGCAUGUUUUGACUCGUUUAUCGGCGAUCACAAACAGGCCAUUGUACAGAUCCGGACCGGCCUUGGUCUGCUGGAGAUACUCCGUGCCGAACGGAGAAAGGCCAUGCUGACGAGGCCCGAGGAGCCCGUCGAGGACGAGCUUUUGCAAAUGUUCACGCGGCUGGCCAUCCAGGCCAAGUCGUACGACAUGGCCUUCCACUUUCCCGAACCAUAUGUCAUUCAUUUGGUUCAAGCACCGGCCAAUCCCGCCUCGCCAGGCGAAUCUGGCGGAACCCCCGUAUCCAUUCACCAGGACCCCAUACCCGAGCGUUUCUCAUCGCUCAUAGAGGCCAGGGUCGCGUGGGACACACUAUGUGAACAGUUACUCCGCGCCACCGAGUCGAUGGCACAGUUGGCGAAUGGCCCUCCCAACCUCCUGCCUCAGACCAUGAUGAUAUACGGCAGGGCCUUUGCUGCCCGCAUCCGCAGCUGGUCUAACGCAUUCGAUCACAUCCUUGCAUCCAGGACAGCUCCUGGUAUCACCAGCCAGGAGAAGGACGGAAUUGCUGUUCUCAAGAUGUUCCAGAUCAUGGGCGAGAUACUGUUUCAGAUGACCUUUAGACAUAACGAGAUGGAUUUCGACAAUUACAAGCCGUACUUCAGGACCAUCGUCGACCUGGCAUCCGAGGUUGUCGGCGAUGAGGAAAGACGCGCUGCUGAACGUCGAUGUCCGAAUCGCAGCUUCUGUACCCACCAGCAUGUCAACGGCAACUAUGGCCAGUCGAUCGACAUGCUGGGCGGCCAAGAAUAUACGGCGCACCACAUCAAGCCUAGCUUCAGCGCUGACCUUGGCAUCGUGCCGCCAUUGUACGUCGUCGCAGCCAAGUCGCGCGACCACAUCAUCAGGCGGCAGGCCAUCCAGUUGCUGCGGAGCAGUGCAAGGAGGGAGGGUAUGUGGGACAGUCAGCUUACAGCACAGAUUGGCACGUGGAUCAUGGAGCUAGAGGAGUCGUUAGAUGAGGAGGCGAUUCAUGAAGAUGAAGUGGACAUAAAUCGCUCGCCUCACCUGCCAACCCCACGCUCGAGCCCUAGUGAGGUCCCAAUCGCGUCGUUCUCAUCGCCGAAGCAACGACCGGCCGGUCAGGGACAGCGGCGGAGCUUCGACGGUGAUGUACCAUUGGGCCCCGGUGGGAACGCGAGGUGGGACGCGCGACUUGAGAGCAACAGCAGCGCUGGAAGCGGGUUGAAUUCAGCCUCUUCGGAUAGAGUUGCCGGCAUGAUAAACAAGCGCGUCGUCCCCGAAGACAAGCGUGUGCUUCUCAGGUCGGCAGAGUUUGAUCUGCGCGAACACGUCGCUGUGCUGAGAUGUGGAACCAGAGGGCUGCAUCCCGGAGCACCUGAUAGGAGGCUCAGAGAGACGAGGAUUGUGUGGUAG